GCAUUUUUUUGCUGAUGCAAAUUAGUUUCAAAUCUAUUAAUUUAUAUUUAACCAGAGAAAUGAAUUUGGCUGGGAAAAUAAAGGAACCUGACCCCCUGAACCCAAAAGUCUUGCUAUGGGCAGAUGUAAGCUACAGUGACAUGGAGGAAAUUGAAAACACCAAGGCCAUACCAGAGCUAGAGAGAACUCUAUGCUGUGUGCUGGGAGUUAACAUUCCUGAGCCGAGGAAGGGAGUCCUGCUGGAGCUCUAUGUCCACACAGUGCUGUUCUGUAGAGAGAGCAACUUCAACAGGGAGCAGACAUCUGUCCUCCUCUCCAUCGUCAAGAGCAUGCAUCAGGCUAACACUGAAACUCCACUCAACAAUAUGGGCCAUUGCUACGCAUACUGCAGUGAACUUCUGCUCUGUCACUCUGUCAGGAGGCCUCCCUUCAGUAUCAGCCUGUUCAGCUCUGAGGACGUGACCCAGAUCUUGAAGUAUCUCCUUAACACCUAUUUUAGACAUUACAAUCUGUACAAGUACAUAUUCACCCCUCAGGUUAGAUUGGAUCUGUCUUUUUCCUACUCUGGCAUGCCAGACGAAGACCCUGCCACUGAGACUGACGCAGUAUCAUCAGACGGGUACGGCAAGAAGGAAAACGAGCCAGAAACGGCAGAAGGGGAGCAGCCCAUUGAAGCAAUGACCACAGGUCCAGAGGUGGCUAAUACAGAUCCAUCGCCCAAGUCAGAGUUGAGGACGAUAAUACAACAGGAAAUGAGAGAGGAGAUGAUACAUAUGUCAAGGCAACUAGAACAACGAUUGAAGGAAAGUGCAGAUCGGCUAAAUAGCGCACUGACUUCACUGGAGACCAAUCUCCAAGGCAAAAAGUAA